GAAGCGUUGCCCAUGACUUAUACACAGUCGAAUUGCUGUAUAAAUAGUUUUGUCUUCUCGUUAGUUUCUCGAACUUGUUGUGUUAUUUAAUCAUAUCUCUCUCAACGAAACAAACAGAGAGAAAACCACUUUGAUAAAUAUUUUAUUGAAAUAUAUAUAUAUAUCAAUGGCGGAUCGGAUUAAAGGUCCAUGGAGUCCUGAAGAAGACGAGCAGCUUCGUAGGCUCGUGGUUAAGUACGGUCCUAGAAACUGGACGGUGAUCAGCAAAUCUAUCCCCGGUAGAUCGGGAAAAUCGUGUCGGUUACGGUGGUGCAACCAGCUUUCGCCGCAGGUCGAGCACCGGCCGUUUUCUGCGGAGGAGGACGAGACCAUCGCGCGCGCGCACGCGCAGUUCGGUAAUAAGUGGGCCACGAUUGCGCGUCUUCUCAACGGUCGUACGGACAACGCCGUGAAGAAUCACUGGAACUCGACGCUCAAGAGGAAAUGCUGCGACGAGAUCGUAACUCCCAAGGACCAUCGCCCCGCCAAGAGAUCGGUGAGCGACGGUUGUCCACCUGUUGCUUCUGGGCUUUAUAUGAGCCCAGGAAGCCCAACUGGAUCUGAUGUUAGCGACUCCAGUACAGUUCCAUCUGUUGGGCUUUUCAGGCCCGUUCCCAUCGAAACGUCGUUGAGUUUGUCGCUUCCUGGUGCUGACGUCAGCGAGGAGUCAAACCGUAGUCACGAGUCAACUAAUAUAAACACAGACCCGUUUUCUGUUGGUUUCAAAGGUGCCAUUGAGGAGGAAACGGGCAAGUCUUUUGCUGGGAACGGCGGCGAGUUUAUGGCGAUGGUGCAGGAGAUGAUUAAGGCGGAGGUGAGGAGUUACAUGGCGGAGAUGCGUCGUGGUGGUGGGUUCGUCCGAGGAUUCAGGGGUAAUGGUAUGAUCCCAAUGAGUCAAAUUGGAGUUGGGAGAAUUGAGUAGACAAGUGAGACUGUGUUUCUUUCUCAUUUGGGAUUAGGCAUAUAUUAGAUGAUAAGAACGUAUCUUGUAUAGUUCAGAUAUUGUAGGAUAUUGUUCCUAGUAUAUUCUCCUAGAAUAGUGGUGAUCCCUGAUAUCACUCACCUGUUUGUAAUAUAUAUUAACGUAUCAAUACAACGAAAGACUUCAAGGGGAA